AUGUUCGUCCUGCAGAGGUCUAUAUUAUCGCCCAGCAGCAGAAAUUGUGCAGGAUCAUGGGCGCGAAUGCUGCCACCUACGCAUCCUGCUGCAAAAGAUAUUCAAAGGAUAUACAGAGAAAUCCACGAAGUGUCUGGAGAUGUCGUACCUAUCAAUAUGGUGAAAGGUAUUGGCCAUUUGAGGGACCCUCGACUUAAUAAGGGACUGGCAUUUACUUUGCAAGAAAGAAUAUCCUUAGGUAUACACGGCUUGCAACCACCAAGAUUCAAAACUCAGGAAGAACAAUUGGCUCUGUGCAAGGCCUCGGUCAUGAAGUAUACAGAAGAUUUAAAUCGGUAUCUUUAUCUCGUGGAAUUACAGGAAAGAAACGAGAGAUUGUUUUUUCGUCUAUUAAGUGAAAACAUCGAGCAGAUGAUGCCAAUCGUAUAUACUCCUACCGUGGGUUUAGCCUGUCAGAAGUUCGGCGUUAUCUACCGUAGACCUCGUGGAUUAUUUAUCACAAUAUAUGAUAAAGGUCACAUUUACGAGAUCCUAAACAACUGGCCUGAGCAAGCGGUUCGUGCAAUUUGCGUAACAGAUGGAGAGAGAAUUCUCGGUCUCGGUGAUCUCGGUGCUUGUGGGAUGGGAAUUCCGGUAGGAAAAUUAGCUCUUUACACCGCCCUGGCUGGCAUAAAACCACACCAAUGCCUACCAAUUACUAUCGACGUCGGCACAAAUAACGAACAGCUGAGAGACGAUCCUCAUUAUAUUGGUCUUAACAAACCCAGAAGUCAAGGCGCUGAAUAUGAUGAAUUAAUUGAUGAAUUUAUGGCUGCUUGCGUGAAAAAAUAUGGCCAAAAUGUUCUCAUUCAAUUCGAGGACUUCGGAAAUCACAAUGCCUUUCGUUUCUUAGAUAAAUAUCGUGACAAGUAUUGUACGUUUAACGAUGAUAUACAAGGUACUGCCGCAGUUGCGGUUGCUGGAAUUUUAGCAUCGAAAAGAAUAACCAAGAAAUCUAUGUCCCAAAAUAAAUUCGUAUUUUUGGGUGCUGGUGAGGCAGCUAUUGGAAUAGCUGACCUUUGUGUUAAAGCGAUGGAAGCAGAUGGUUGUACCGAACAGGAAGCUCGUGAUAAUAUUUGGAUGAUGGAUAUUGAUGGAUUGCUAGUUAAAAAUCGACCAGAAGGUAACCUGGAAGGUCAUAAGAUCUGGUAUGCGAAAGAUUACAAAGUGAUGAAAUCACUAUUGGAAGUUGUAAAAGAAGUGAAACCAACUGUUCUAAUUGGUGCUUCAGCAGCAGCAGGAGCAUUCACUCCUGAAGUCUUGAAAGAAAUGGCCAAAAACAACGAAAGACCUCUGAUCUUUGCAUUGAGUAAUCCAACUAUCAAAGCAGAGUGCACGGCUCAACAAGCUUACGAUCAUACAAAUGGAAAAUGCAUUUUCUCGUCGGGUUCUCCGUUUGGCGAAGUACACUAUAACGGAAAAGUAUAUAAACCUGGACAAGGAAACAACGCGUACAUUUUUCCUGGAAUCGCAUUGGGCGUCAUCGCGACUGGAUGUCAUCACAUUACAGAAGAUUUAUUCCUAAUCUCGGCUCAAGCUGUUGCUGAUCACGUGAAAGACGAAGAUCUCGAAGUGGGCAGUCUCUACCCACCGUUGAACACUAUUCGUGAAUGUUCAAUUGAUAUCGCCGUACGAAUUGCUAACUACGCUUACGCUAAAACUGGAUUGGCAAGUGAAUAUCCAGAACCAAAAGACAAACGCGAAUUUAUUGUAAGUAAGAUGUACGAUGCUAACUAUGACAGUCCACUGCCAAAUCUUUACGACUGGCCAGGAGAUUAUGCCAAACCACGUGUUUUACCAGAUAAAGACACUGUAGAAAUCCGCCACGAUUUAAAACAUCUGUAGCGGAUUUCACCGGGCGGAAUAUUCAGAAGCUAUCAUUAUUACCAUUAUCAAUAAAAAUAUCGCUGUAUCCUGUAUCGAAACUAUAAGACAGGUCGUGACACAAGUACAGGCAACAAUGCAGUUGUAAAACAAUCUUAACUGUAAGGACUGUUACUCUGUCAGUGACUAAUGCCAGUGCUUUUACCAUAUAACUUGCACGAGGUGUUAAGCACGAGAAACAGUUACAUAGUGCUAUUAUUACAGCAUCGAAUGUCUCAGUAAGCUAACAUUGCAGUAUUUUAACGUUCUCCUUCAUCCCAUAUGCAAUAUUAGGAUUGCUAGUUUAUCGUUCAAAACCGUACUAGGUAUUAACCAGUGAAAGUAUUUAAAGAAAGUUUAUAAUGUUGUUAUUCACCUCUAUGCCCUACAUUUAUGUUGCAUAAAAGAAAGAUACAAAAACCGAUAUGACACAUAGAGGUACGCCUGCAUAGUACGUGUAUGAUUUUAUAUUAUACAUAUACACACCUAAGUAUACAUAUACAAACAUAACAUAAUAAAAUUAAGUAAAUAUUUGUACAGUGAAAUUUUUCGAUCGUAAAAUUGAUAACAAAUAAAAUGAAAAAUUUCACCAAUACAUACGAUUGUUUCUAAGUAUGGCUAGAAAUUUCAUUUUUUCUUUUUUUCAUUUAUUUCGAGUAUUUCGAGGGAUUCUCUCUGAAAGAUGUUAUUUUAUAAAUAACAUUUUUUUCGACAUAGGGACGAAUUUUCGUAAAAAUCAAAUACAUAUUGUACUGUAUGUUUAAGGUUACCCGAUUUUUCCUUUUCGGACGAUGCCAAUAUGUCCCAAUCUCCUCUCACCCUGAAGAGUCAAUCUACUUCCCCAAAAGAAAUCCCAAUCAAAUUGAACAAAUGUACGGUCCAAAGAUGAUUGGUGCACUUGAAGCACACUUUAGUGCUGUCACAUUUUUAUUUUGCCAUAUUUUAUAUAUACUUUUAAUAAAUAAACAUCAUUUUAUAAAUAAGAAAGGGAAAAGAUAGUAGUGAGAUUAUGCAAAACAACUGUCAUUUGUGACUUUUAAUACAACACCUUUGAUCGUUGCUUUUGCAAUUAGUAUCCGUUUCAAAUUAUAGACAAAUUUAUCUUAGGUUUGCUCAAAUAUAUUCGCGCGUAAGCGAAUAACAUUUUACGGGUAAAAUAAUGUAAUGUUUAAAGCUACCGAUAGCACAUACCGACAUAAUCGAAAACUGGUUCCGAGUUUGCUAUUUGAAUGCUGUGUGUCACAUGUAAAAAGUAUUUUGCAAGCGGUAAUGAGAUCAUUAGAUAUGUAUUUCAUAUCCUAAAAUAUACAUGCAGUUACAUAUUUGUUCCUGAAAUAUUUUCGGUGUUUAUACUUUUCGGGCAAUUGUUGUAUAAAGCAAUUCUAUACAAAUCAAAUAGUACGACUUAUUUUUCUCUACGUAUCAAAGAGUGUCUAUUUUCACGAAGACGUAUUAAAAACGCGCUAUAUAUAGAUCAAUAUUUUAUUCUAGAUUUGUAACGAUAUAUUUUGUCGAGUUUCGCAUGCUCUGUCCAAUAUAAAAUUCCGAGAAACCGCACGAAACGUAUACUAUACAUGCAUAAAAUGUGUUUGUAUGUGUCAUAUAACAUGUAAUUGAUCGUUAGUUAGCCAAAAUGCCGGUUAUUGAGCCCGGAUACAAUGCGUGAGAAUGUUUGCUACUACGAAUUUCGUUGUUUACUUUUACACUUUAAAAUGUCACAGUGAGUUUAGCCAAGUGACGAAAUCUCGGUGUCGAGUGCUAGUACAUUAGACCAGCGAUUGGAAGAGAUAUAUUCAUGUCACAAUCUGAUUUCUUAUGUAUGUAGCUGAAUACAGUCGCAAAUCGUCACUUAGUUAAGCGUAACACGUUAAUAAAGUAUUAUUACAUCAUUACUAACCGUGUUCUUCUCCCAACAGAUUAUGACGUGUUGGCGAGUUAAAAGACAAGACGACUGCUCUGACGUAUAUACAGUCGUUUUAAGUUAAUUCGAGUCAAAUUUCAAACA